UUCUUGGAGAAUGUGGUCUUUUAUAAAGAAUUAGCUAAAGAUGGGAACUUUGGUGCAAUAUAUGAACGAGCAGAAUGCUAUGUUCAUAGUAAUGGUGUAUCUAAAAUAAGGAGGAGAAAACUUUG